UCCUUUAUAUAUCCCUAACUCCACCUCCUAGUGUGAAAUUCAUUGCAUAGAAAGAUGGGAGAAUCAACUGUUAUAAUCGUUGGGGCAGGGCCGUCAGGGCUUGCUACUGCCGCCUGUCUAACGCAACACUCAAUAUCAUAUAUUUUACUAGAAAGAGAAGAUUGCUUUGCUUCUCUAUGGAAGAAAAAGGCAUAUGAUCGCCUUCACCUUCACUUACCAAAGCAAUACUGUGAGCUUCCUCACAUGAAAAUACCCACCACUUGCCCAAAAUACGUCCCCAAAAAUGACUUCUUACAAUAUUUGGACAACUAUGUGGCUCAUUUUGGCAUCAGUCCUUUGUACCAACGCCGUGUCGAGAGUGCGAGAUUCGACGAAAGUACGAAGAAAUGGCGUGUUAUGGCUGCGAAAGUGCCGAAUGGGGAAGAGGAACUCGAAGAAGAAGAGUUUUUUGGAAGGUUUUUGGUGGUGGCAACGGGUGAGACAAGUGAUCCUUUCUGUCCUGAAAUUGAAGGGUUGAGUAGCUUUCAAGGGAAAAUUAUGCACUCUACAGAAUUUAAGUCUGGUAAAGACUAUGAAGACAAAAGUGUGUUGGUUAUUGGAGCUGGUAAUUCUGGCUAUGAGAUUUCUCUUGAUCUUGCAAAUCAUGGUGCUAAAACCUCCAUUGCUGUUAGAAGCCCAAUUCACAUAUUGUCAAGAGGAAUUGUGAGCCUAGGACUCUAUCUUCUAAAGCAUUUGCCGCUGUACUUUGUGGACAACUUGAUGGUGAUGCUCAGCAAACUUGUAUAUGGCGACGUCACCAAAUACGGAUUGACUAGGCCGCAUGAAGGUCCCUUUUACUUGAAAGUUGCUUUUGGUAAAUACCCCGUUAUCGACGUUGGCACCUAUUCAAAAAUUAAAACGGGUGAAAUACAGGUCUUGCCGGCAAUCACAAGCAUCACAGGCAAUGAUGUGUUGUUCCACGAUGGGAAGUCUUAUGCUUUUGACGCCAUUAUUUUUGCCACUGGCUUCCAAAGGUCCACAUCUCAAUGGCUUCAGGGAGACGAGUAUUUGCUAAACGAAGAUGGAUUGCCAAAGCCUGACUUUCCUAACCAUUGGAAGGGAAAAAACGGAUUAUACUGUGUCGGUCUUGCAAGAAAGGGACUCUAUGGAGCUGCUAUGGAUGCUGAAAAUAUUUCCAAUGACGUUAAAGAAAACCUUUAGAAAUUACAAAUUUUCAAAAAAGAAACUAUUUCAUGACGACUUCACUAAUGUUCCACAUGCUCGAUGCUCAUAUGGAUUGAAAGUUGUAUGCCUUUUGACUUGAGCUUUUGUGUCGCACUCGAGAACGCUUACAAUACUGCAUGAUAUUGUAUAAACAAUUGAUUCUAUACAUGAAUAAAUAAAUAUUUAAUGCGUGAUUUUUGUUGUA